UAAUACAGUUAUAAAUAUAUUUAACUCUGUUAAAAUGUAUGUAAUACAAAUGUUACAUUAUGGACUUGUGUAUCCAAUGUCUAUGCCAAUAAUUCUAAGGUGACGACAUGACUUGGACCACGGAAUUGGACGAGGCUGCCAUACUUGCCACAAAGAGGGGCUGGUGGCAUGUAUUUCUGUUUUAUUUACUGUGCGGAUUGGCGGCAAUACCUACCUCUUUCUUAAUUUUCUCUCAGGUUUUCACAAAUGCCUCACCAGAACAUUGGUGUGCUCCUCCACAAGAGCUGGAGGCUUUGGGGCUGCCGGAUGGUCAGCUCCGUUCUCUCAUAAUACCAAGGCAGCAUGACAUAUACGAAGGUUGCAAAGCAUACAGCAUCGACACGAAGGCAUUGUAUGAAGAACUCAGUGACUAUGUUCAAGAAAGUACAAAAUAUGUGUACGAAGGCGAAGGGAUGCGGCUGGUUACAAUUCGCCAGCUGUUGCCAGCCAAAGACGAAGAUAAACGCAGAAUUCAAAUAUCUGACAUAGAAGAUUCAAUAUUAAAGUUAAGAAGCGAGAAUUCUACUACAGUAUGCACGAAUGGUUGGCGGUACAGCACUGAGCAUUACCAAAGGACCUUAGUUACUGAGUUUUCCUUAGUCUGUGAUAAAGACUGGUUACCAAGAACAGCAAAUACUUUAUUCUGGGUUGGUUCAAUAUUUGGCAAUUUAAUAUUUGGAUGGAUGUCGGACAGGUAUGGUCGGCGACCUACAAUAUUACUUAUGAUCUAUUUAGAAGUUCCUCUGGCGAUUGCAGCAUCUUUCCCAACAUCAUAUUGGAGCUAUAUAGCUGUAAGGGUUGUCAGUGGACUAUUCUUUCCGGCACUGUAUCAGCUUCCAUUUGUAUUGGCCCUGGAACUUAUGCCGACUCCUAGAAGGACUUACACUGGUAUCGUUGUUGGGAUGUUGUUCGCCAGCGGCAUGUGUUUACUGUCGCUAUUAGCGUAUACAUUCAGAGACUGGUUCUACUUAUCACUUGCCACGAGUUUACCAUUUGUGGUUUUAUAUGGGUAUUAUUGGCUUAUACCAGAAUCUCCAAGAUGGCUUGUAAGCAGAGGUCGUAUAGCGGAAGCAGAGAAAGUUCUAAGGCAUCUUGCUAAAAAGAACGGCAUAACGUUGCAUCGAGGCUUCCUUAUUGAAAUACAUAAAAGAAUAAAGGCAGAAGAGAAUGCGGCAGAAGAACUUACAAUUACCUCCAAUGCAAACGGAUAUAUUGCAAAUUAUCAAGACUAUCCCGAUAAAGAUGAAUAUAUAGACAGAAGAAUUAGUAAUAUGCUUUCGUUUAGACAAGAUUUUACUAGAAUUACAGAAGCAGAGUUAAGUAUUAAAGGAGACAGCAUGGAAAGAAUGAUAGCUCUUGAAGUUGCAGAAAUAGUGAAUAAAAAGGCAAGAUUAAAAAACAGAGUAAGUGUCAAAGAGGAAGAAGUAAAAGAUGAAAUUGUAAAUGAAGAAUCUCAAAUCAAUUCUGAAUCAAAACAAAAGUCCACGCAGACUGAUGAAUAUGUGAAAUCUCCGGCGAGUACGCUAAGAAGGAAGUCAAUACAACUUAUGAAUAAAAUUUUAGUAAGGGAUGGGUAUGCAGAAGAAGACAUUAUUGAGAAUAAACGCCUGGACGAACAGAACUCUGAGGGGGACUGUAAAGCGUCCCUCUUGGAUAUAUUCAGAUAUCCCAACAUCAGAAAGAAGUUUUUUAUUUUGACUUUCAAUUGGGUCGUGUUAGGUGUUGUUUAUAAUAGUUUAAGUUAUAAUACUCCUAAUUUAGGAGUGGAUGAUUACUUAGCAUUUUUUAUAGGUGGAGCUGUAGAAUUGCCAUCGUAUAUCAUUGCCUGGGUCUGUAUGGAACGAUUUGGUCGACGAUGGGUCCUCUGUAUCUUUAUGAGUAUAGGCGGCGUGGCCUGUCUCAGCUGUGGAUUAGUACCAGAAGCCUGGCCUUGGAUAACAGUAACGCUUGCAAUGUUAGGACGUCUGUGUAUAGCGGCCUCGUUCGCUGUUUUUUACGUACAAAUAGGGGAGCUUCUACCGACAGUAUUAAGGUCACAAGCGAUGGGAGCUGCGUCUUUUAUAGCAGGCCUGGGAUUGCUGGCCUGUCCAUACAUAGUGUAUUUGUCCAUUUACACGAAGGCCCUACCGCUUAUUUUAAUGGGCAUACUGAGCGUCAUGGGAGGCGUCACUUCAUUGUUGUUACCUGAAACAUUGAACCAGCCACUGCCGCAGACACUGGGCGACGGCGAAAUAUUUGGAAGGGACUUCAAAUUGCUCAGUUGUGUGGAAACUCCUGAUGCUGUCUAAAACUUAC